GUUUUGAUUUGAUAUUCGCGGCACUACCAGGGGCUAAUGACGCUGGUGUCAGACUUUUCAAAAUCAUUUGUUAAUUGACUACUUCAAUAAGUUAAAAUUGUGAUAGUUUCUUAUUUAAACCACCGUAUAUUAUCAAAGCCAAUCAAAACUUUCGUUUCAAAGGACAGCAAAAUAAUCGUUUGAAUGAAAACAUGGCCACCACUGUAAGUGUGGUUACGAACGAUUCUUUAUCACAGAAAACAGCCGAAAAGCAUGCUGACCCAACAACCCUAUUUAUUAAGUUUAGACGGAAGAUGUCUCCCAUAUUUACCACAAAAUUUUUAAAAAUACUUAUCUGUGGGCAGAUACUAUCCUUGUUGAUCUGUGGAACUGCAGUUACUAGCCAACUUCUGUACGAGAAACAUGGUGUGCAGCACCGACAGCACAGAGUUUUAUUAACUAUCUACUUCCUUGGGCUUGUCUAUGGUAUUCAUCUUUUCUUUAUCAGUGGCAGAGACGGGUUUAAAGAGAUGUUCAAAGCAAGGUGGUGGAAGUAUUUGUUUGUUGCUGCCGUUGAUGUUGAGGCUAAUUAUCUAGUAGUUAAAGCCUAUCAGUAUACGAAUCUUACAAGUAUACAGCUUCUAGACUGUAUAACUAUACCAGUAGUAAUAUUACUGUCUUAUACCGUGUUAAGAGUGAGAUAUAGAAUAUACCACUUUGCUGGCGUUGGCAUUUGUUUACUGGGAGUUGGUGCAUUGGUUGGUGCUGAUGUAUAUGCUGGUAGAUCACAUAGUGGAGGUUCUGAUAAAUUUCUGGGUGAUAUACUGUGUUUGAUUGGUGCCUCGCUUUAUGGUGUAUCAAAUGUAGCAGAGGAGUUCGCUAUCAGAAACUUUAGUAGAGUGGAGUUCUUAGGAAUGAUUGGAUUAUGGGCAAGUCUGAUUAGCGGAAUUCAAUUAGUAAUUCUUGAGCGGCAUGAAUUGACCAAUAUUUCCUGGAAUACUGAAGUAGUAUUGUUGUUUCUGGCAUUUGCUGUUUGCCUAUUUCUAUUGUAUUCUGUGUUUCCUCUAGUUAUACAAAUCAGCAGUGCUGCUGUUGUAAAUCUGUCUAUACUGACAGCUGAUUUCUACUCACUGAUGUUUGGACUGUUUUUGUUUCAUUACAUGUUCUCUGCGUUAUAUAUCUUUGCAUUUAUGACUAUAAUUAUUGGUUUGGUGGUUUGGGGACUGAAACCAACCGGGGAAGUGCCGAGAAACAGUAACUAUGCUAGAAUGGAUGCCGAAAAUGCCGGAUCAAUCCAAAGACUGACACCGCAGGAUGAACCCUCAAUUCAUAAUGCAGCAUCUGUUGAACAAAGUGCUUCCAUUGAAACUGAUGCACUCAAUAGCGACGAUCAAAAAUAAAUCUUCUAUAAAACUAA